AUGCUCAAUGGCGCACCGUUGUGCGAACAUUUAGACUUCGACGACAGUAAACUCUUGGCAGUUGAUGAAUGCCAUAUCUUUGAUGUUGCAGCAAGUAUCACUGCAACCGCUGAUGACUCCACGCCAGUCUUUAAGUGGUGCGGUAUCUCGUUCAAGGACUCCCGACUUCGGACCGGAUGGUCACAGCCCUUUCUACCAGGAAGUGUUCCGGGUUGGGACAUGUCAAACAUCUCGCUCCCUAAUGUGAGUCGGUCUGUAUCGUUUCUACAGGAAGACACCACCCGUCUGGAGCCUACGAUCGCCUUCGAGGAUCCCUCAUUGGCCACCAAUAGUUUCCUCGAGCAAUCGCUUAUGUUUCAUGAUACGUUACUAUCAUCCCAAGUCUUACCGGACGACGUGACUGAUAGGACUAUCAGCUCAUCGUCCUUCCUAACCACUUCUUUCGGGACUACGGCAUCUGACUUUAGUAGCUCAAGCAAGGUUGAUGAGCACAUUCUAAAUACUCAAGUCGCGCCCAAGAUGGCCGUCACACCCCUUGGGUCACUACCUAGCGCACAGCGCUUACGAGAAAUCUACCCUCAAACGCCUACACCCAACUUUAUAUGUGCUGUAACAGCGACACCCGAACAGAAAGAAGUCUUCGUUCGGAAAGGCGGAUACAAGAUGAACCUGUGGGAAAUCAUCGUUGCAGAUGAUACACGCUCAGGCUUCAAGGUCACGUUCUGGCUGCGCCCACCACGGGAGUCGAACAACGAACAAAACCACGUUCAAAAUCUGCUCCUUCAAACACUCGAAGGUAUCAAAGUCGGCGACAUCCUCCUCCUGCGGAACAUCGCGCUGACGUCCUUCGGCGACACCGUCUUUGGCCAAUCUCUAAACCCAGCUAUCGCGCGUGCUCGAACAGGCAUCGAUGUCUUGACAAGAAGCGGCGGCGGCUCAUCUGCUCAUCCGGGUGGACAGCCAGCGCCAAUAGUCGAGAUUUUCAAGAGGGUCAAGAAAUGGGCAAAGAUGCACGUCGCUUCUGAUACUGCGGGCUCAAGGAAAAGAAAAGGAAGUGCGGCGAAACAAGAGAAGUACGCGAAACGGACCUUUACAAGUCGUGAUAUCGAUGAUUCGAUGCCUCCCGACACGAUGGAAAGUGUUUGA